AUGCCUGUUAUUGUGCCUUCUUCACCUGGUGGACUUGUUCCUGUGCUUGUGUGUCUGUGUGCAGGACUGUUUGCCUUGCUGUUGAUAGUGUUGGAGUGGACUCGUCCAGGCCUACUAUCCCCACUGAGGCCCAUCUGUGACCUGAGGGUCCUGAACCAUUUCAUCCAGGAAGCACGAGACGCAGAAGUCGCUAUGAAGUCAUGCAGGGAAGGAUGUGACCUGUCGUCUGUCUCUGUACCCCAAACCACUGUCAACUUUGAUGACUGGGAGAAGAAAACUGCUUUGGAGCAAGCUCAGGAAGUUCAGACGGGCUUGUGGCUUUUACAACAGGCCUUCAGCUUACUACAGACAUCGAUGACGGACGCAGAGCUGACCAGCCACAUAGACAACGCCAUAAGAAACCUGCUCAGCAUAAAUGCCGUGCUGCGAAGCCUCAAUAUUCAGGAAUAUACUCCACCAGCCAUUGCAGCGGGACUCCAUGGAACGUGGCAGGUGUCCUCUGCAGCAGAGUUGCUUCAAGUUCAUGUAAACUUCCUGCGAGGGAAAGUGCGCCUUCUUCUUAUGGACGCACAAGCCUGCCGGCAAGAUGUCAGCUGAUCGGCUGAUUAGCCUUCUAAUUCAG